AUGUCGACAGUAACCGAAUCAAAUUUAUGUUCAAUGUGUAAACAUUUGAGAAAAAAUUUUUGUAUUGGGUGCCAAAAAUACUUUUGUCCAAAUCAUUUCAAAGAACAUGAACAACAAUUAUCGAUCACAUUCGAUAACGAAAUAAUAAGAUCGCACGAUGAAAUUCUUGAUGGAAUACAAAAAUUAGAACAAUCUAAUAGUUUGUCAUCGGAUCUCUUUAAUAAAAUUGAACAAUGGAAAAGAACAACAAUAAAUAAAGUAGAAAAAGCAGCAGAACAAGUUCAGCAUCAGCUUAUCGAAAUCAUCAAUAGACAAAGAACAACAAUAGCAGAAGAACUCGAGCCAAUAACAAAAGAAAUUCGUUAUCGUCGAGAAGAAGAAAAUUUUCUUGAAACGGAUAUUGAUCUACUAAAACAGAAAAUUAAUGAAAUUCAACAGAAACUCGAGAGAUUCCUGCGAAAUGAUACAAAUAACGCUGUUAUUUUUAAUAGUGAAACAAUUGAUUGGAAUCAACUUAUUUACAUUCGAGAAGAACAAGAAAACUUUCCACCACUAAACAGUAUACAUCUGCUUGCAAAUACAAAAUGGAAACAAAACGGUGUUGUUGUGGCUGGAGGAAAUUCUUUUGGAGCUAAUAUCAAUCAACUCUGCAAUCCCUGGGGUUUUCGUAUAGAUGAUGCUCAAACUGUGUACAUAGCCGAUUGCGGUAAUCAUCGUAUUGUCGAAUGGAAAUGUAAUGCCAUGACCGGUCAAAUUGUUGCUGGUGGAAAUGGAGAUGGACAAGGUACAAAUCAGUUUUACUGGCCCACAGAUGUGAUUAUUCAUAAAGAAACAGAUAGUCUUAUUAUUUGCGAUUAUGGUAAUAAAAGAGUAGUUCGAUGGCCUCGUCAAAGUAGUACCAGUGGAGAAGUUAUCAUAUCCAAUAUUGCAUGCUACGGCUUGACUAUCGAUAAUGAUGGAUUUCUCUAUCUUGUUGAUAGUGAUAAACAUGAAGUCAAACGAUAUCGAAUCGGGGAAAAUGAUGGCAAAAUUGUUGCCGGUGGAAAUGGGAGGGGUAAUCGAUUGGAUCAGCUACACUAUCCAAGAUACAUAUUCGUCGAUCGAGAUCAAACGGUUUACGUAUCCGAUGAAUGUAACCAUCGGAUAAUGAAAUGGAAGAAAGGUGCAAAAGAAGGCAUCGUUGUGGCAGGGGGACUAGGCGAAGGAAAUAGUCUCACACAAUUAUCAAAUCCUUGUGGUAUUAUCGUGGAUCAAUCAGAUAAUGUGUAUGUGGUUGAUGCUGGAAAUCAUCGGAUAAUGCGUUGGUGUCGAGGAGAAACACAGGGAAACAUCAUUGCCGGUGGAAAUGGCAAAGGUAAACAACCGAAUCAAUUCACUCGACCUACUAAUUUGUCAUUUGAUCGAGAAGGUAAUCUCUACGUUAGUGAAAGUGAAAACCAUCGAGUACAAAAGUUUACCAUUGACCAAAGUUGA